AUGGCUGCCAAAUUUAGGUGUUUUUUUCACCUAAAUCAUGUAAAAAACGAGAAUGCACAACAAAUUACAGAGUUAAGAUGGAUAAAAACUGUACAAUGUUCAAAGGAAUGGCUAGAGUUGAUGGGCCCAGAAAAGGACAUGGCAAAUCUCAUCGAACAUUUGUUGGAUCUUUCAUUCAGUUCGCUCGUAGAAGCUCAUCCAGGAUUUGGCUUUCAUCCAACUUGUUAUCGACGAUAUAUUGAUGGAAAGAGGAUAUGUGCUGCGAAAAAGAGGAAGGCGAAGGAUAAAAAUGAGCAACAAAGCCAAGAAUGCGAACUAGUUGAAAAAAGAGCUCGCCGAUCGCGAGGACCAGUUAGUUCUAACCCAGUACUUCCUGUAAAAUGUAUUAUUUGUGAUGAACCUGACAAAUUUGUUCAAGAUCCAAUUAGUAGAAAACGCAUUCGAGAUCGACUUAGUAAAGCAGAGACUGAAGAUGCUGGUAGGUCAUUUGUGAUUUUAUAUAAGAGUGCACAUGAUCUACUUUUAGGAUUUGGAUUUGUUAUAUUCACUUGUGCAAAACUACUAAAUAUAUUUAUGCAUAUGUUUAUAUGAAGUGCUUUAAUACUCUACAUAGUGAGAUUUGAUAUCUUACUGUAAAUUUCAUAUUGCAAACCUCCUUUGAAAUAUCACAGCUUUCAAAGUAUGCAUAUGCCAUAUCAAGCCUCCUCCAUUUAAACCCUCCCCCAUCUCUUUCACAGCAGAGGAACAUGUGUGGUAAUCAAUUUAAAAUAAUAGCUAUCCUAGCUUAAUCAUGGAAUAACAUUUAAUAAUUAUAUUUUAACAAUGUUGCCCUGUUGAAAGAAUUAAUAAUGAAAAAUACAUUGUAAAGUGUAUUUUGUAUUCAGUAAUUGUUAAUAAACAUAUUGAAUCAUAGUACUCCUACACAUUUGCUCUCCAAAAAUGCGUGAAAUAGAUACAUCUCUCUCAAACGGGGCUUAAAUAAAUGAACCCCUCUCCCGGCUAAUAUAAUGUUGCUUGCCUAUUAUUUUAGUUAACAGCAUAUCUAAUCUCAGGAUACUUUAUGGCUGAUCUUUAAUUUAAUGGAUGACACAUUAGGUCUAAAUGAAAGCGGUUCGCCGGUUUUAAAAUGUGCUGGUAACUGCAUAGUAAAACAAUGUAAAUUUUUUUCCAAUGGGCAACUGUUCAUUUUGAAUAUUUUGAAGAGCGCUUGGUUGGUAUAUUUCAUUGCCAGUUUGCUAUAAUUCUUAACAUUUUUAAUGUUAAAAGGAAAUCUUCGUAGUGCUGCAACCUACAAAAAUGAUGAGAAGAUUCUUGUCCACAUAAGAGAUAAGGACUGUGCAGCUAUUGAAGUUCGAUAUCAUCCAAGCUGUUACAAGAAGUACACCAGGUUUUUACGCAGCAGACACUUUUCUGAUGGAAAGUAAGUUGAUUUUAUAUUUAAACUUUUCAAUGUGAUAUUCAUAAACACAUUAUUGUAUCCCAUAUGCAAACUAUCAACUCCUUACAAUAUAAAUCUCUUGAAAAUGCGCCAGCUAUGUUCUUAAAAUUUAGUUUCUUUUUUGCCCUCUGGUAUUGUUCAUAACUCUUCAAUGCAGUAAAUUGUAAAGUUUUUACUUUCUCCCAAAAUGGUAAUAGUGCAAAUAUAAUUUGAAAUUAUUAAAAUAUUAUGUAUAAAAUACAGGAAUACCCGGAAGGACAAGUUUGAAAUUCACAAGAAUGGCUACCUUAAAUUUUGUGAAUCAGUAGUUCAUCAACGAUUAUUGGUCAAUCAGGAAAUACUGCGACUGUCAAGACUGACUCAACUUGUGAUUACCUCAAUCCAAAAUGUUGAAGGCGUCGAACCUGUGGGAAUAAGGUUGUUAAAUUAUAAUCUAGUUCCUGUUCCUUUUAAAUAUUUUUAAUACAUACAGUACAUAAUAAUCAAAUAAUAUAAAUUGCAUAAUAUAAUACCGGUAUUAAUAAAUCAAGUCUGGUAUUAUUAAGCCAGCUUUAUUUAAUUUCUUUAUAGGAAUGAUAAAUUGAAACUUCGACUUCAGAAAGAUUAUCCCCAACUUGUGCUUCAUAAGCCAGCUAGAAAAAAUGAAAGUGAAAUAGUAUACUGUUCAGCGGUAUCAGUAGGAAAUGUUGUUGCCGACUCACUUGAUUUAUCAGAAAGUUCUUCAAAUAAUAACUCUGGACCGGAAACCUAUGAUGAAGUAUUUCUUGGGGAGUCGAGCUGCACUUCAACUUUAUUAGACCAACAUGUUGAUAGAUUCCUUUAUGUUGCAGGUUGGUAGUUUUGAUGUGGGAAGAGGACUUUCCGUUCCGGUCUGAUAAUGAAUGGCUAAUUUGUAAAACGAAUGUAAACAUUAAACUGUUGCUAUUAAGUGUUGAACCAAAGAGAAAUGUUGAAAUUUUUCAUAUUAAACACUUUAAAAACAAGUUUUUGAAUACUGCGAAUUAUAGAAUACUAAAUCAAGAAUCUCAAAUUUGCAGGUCUGAUGCUUAAAAAUAUCAUAAAAGAUGCUCCAAGGAUGACAUCAAAAUGGCCUCCAACAGCCAACGAAAUUCGAAACGAAGGUGUCGAAAAGUUUGUUCCAUACCAACUGUUCAACUUGAUCGCUGUGUGCAUUGGUGCAACCGAGGAACCUUCUUUGACAUUUUAUGCUGAUGUUGACGAUGAUACUCGUAAUAAGAUUCUUUCUAUCGGUCAAGACAUUAUCUACCUUGCCUCAAAAGGUAAAAAACAGACUCCCAAGUCUCUUUCACUAGGUUUGACCAUAAGACAUCUCACUGGUUCGUCUCAGUUACUCCACGUCAUACAUCAAUAUGGACACUGUGCAUCUCCGGAUACCAUUCGGAUGUAUGAAACAAGCUUGGCCUUUCUCCGUUUGGAAUCGAGUGAACAGAUACCUAAAGGAUUUGCUACAGGCAAGCUUCUCACCAUGAUUUGGGAUAAUAUAGAUUUUCAAGAAGAAACGCCAACAGGUCAUGGAACAACUCAUCACACAAAUGGUAUUAUGGUGCAGAAGGAAAUUUCGCCUGUCAUUCAUCCUGAAUUACCGACUGUAAAGAAAGGCAUGCGUUCUUUAACACCUGAAAUUAUUCCUUUGCCUGAGUACCACUGUGUGAUACGCCAAGGGCCUCAGUUCGAUACAGAUGUUGAACAGAUUGGUAUCGAUGAGUGGGAGCCUUUAAUUGAAAGCGCCAAGCAAACUGAUUUCAUGUACAUACUGUCAAGGCGCAACGAUAAUCGAAUACCAGGAUGGACUGGAUUUAACGUAAGGCAACAAUUUUCGAAAGGAACAUUGGAUAAAUCUGCGAUAUAUUACCUUCCUGUCAUUGAAGCUUCGCCUACUGAGAUGAGCACAGUCAAGGAAAUAAUGACUCGGAGCUUAGCAAUGGCAGAGAGAAUGCAAGUUCAUCAAAUCGUCAUGGUUUUCGAUCUAGCCAUUUACGCCAAGGUACAACAAAUUCGCUGGGCAAAUGAUAUUUACAAGGAACGUUUUGUGGUCAGAUUGGGCGAAUUCCAUGUUAUAAUGUCAUUCCUGUCUGUCAUCGGAAAGCGAUUUGGAGACGCAGGCCUAAGAGACAUUGCUAUUGAGUCAGGUCUUGUUGCGAAGGCUCUAUUAAUGGUGUUUUGA